AUUUUUUCCGGGAUUUGCAUAUGCAAGCGAAAUAUUGGAAUUUUGGGUAGGGUUUUUUUUCCCGCCAAAUAUAGCUAUAAACUGCAUCUUGACUAAGUUCAGUGUUCUUAGAAGUCAUUACUAAAUCAACGUAAAAUAUUCAGUAUUAUUAAGAGUGGAAUACGGAGUGGAAGUUAGUAUUACCGAGGACAGACGUGAUAAUCAGCACCCGUUAUCAAAAAUUCAUCAACAAUAAGAUGACAGACGUCAAAGGAUCCGGGUCACAUGUCGUGGAAAGCGUGGUUAAACAGAUUCAUAGUUCGGGUUUAUUUCCUGAUGAUAAGAAACUCCUUCGUAGAAUAGCUUACGUAGAGUCCAAGGACGGAACUGACCGAAACACCUACCGACCUAAUUACUACGGCGGAAUUUGGCAGGUUGAUCUGCUUGGGUUUCAAGCCACCCAAGACACUGGCAGUCACCCUGGACUUAACGCAAAACAUGCUGGCAUCAAACAAAAGUUCGGCAUAGACUGGCCUGCCGCCCAGUGGUCAGACCUCCUUAAACCCCUCUACUCCGGUUUGGCAGCGCGUCUGGUUCUGUCCAAUAUUCCCGCGGCCGUUCCUGCAGACGUGAGAGGACAGGCUGAAUACUGGAAGAAGUAUUACAAUACCGGGAGUGGAGCGGGGACGCCACAGAAGUUCAUUGAUGAUGUUGCGGUUUUGGAGAAAUAAACUAAGCAAACAAUAGAUAUUUUGGUUAGCACGUACUACUGUACACGGUGUCUCUAGUAAUACCAGACUUUUGCAUAAAUAUGUAUUCGGUAUAUUAUUGUUGUUGUGAAUAUUACAUGGUAUGUACCACUCUUUUAAAGACUAUAUUCUAAUAUGUUGAAAUACCUGGCAUUUGAACUAGGUUCAAAUAAUAAUAAUAAUCUUCAAAAUAGCUGGAUACUUCAUCUCUCAUUCAAUAUAAAAUGCAAUAUCUUUUAAAAAGAAUAGCUCCAUGAGAUUUUAGUAUCAGUCUAUCGGGUACUUCUUUUUUUUUUUAACAAUGGUGAAUGGAAAACGAUAUUUGCACUAUAUAAUAAAGGAAUUUAUUCUAAUGUUUGCUUAU